CAUCAACUUAGGAAGAUUCAUACUCUGGAGAUUUUGACAGCUGGUGUAUAUCCUUACUGAACCCCCUGCCCAGCGUUGUGAUAAUGGAGGAAGUACCUCAAAAACCUGCAGUCUCACGGAGGAGACCGAGACAAACAGCGAGGAUGGACAACGCAGCGGCCGCCUCUUCAAGACCAUCUCAGACUACAAACAGUGAUUCAGACUGUUUCAUCAUAGAACCUGAACACAAUACAACAGGCAUGACGGUGAAAGGCCUACAUAUUCUUCCAGAAAUCAUCCACGUCGGCCUCAAACUCAAAGAUCUGGGGAAGGAAAGCAUCCAGCUGCUCUUAGAGAAGCGCCAACUAUUGAUAGAGACGCCAUUUGAUGUCCCACCAGACAUGAAAAGAAAGGGUCUAGCAUCAUCAGUUAUGGCAACCUUGGUCUUUGCCCAGGAGGAAGCAGGCACAGCAGUCUGCAUCUCACCCAAUGGCAUCCUGCUCACCUGCUCCCACUGCACCGCGGAAACUAUCGACGACUUUGACGACUCCAAGAGCCACUGGCUCCUCUUCGCUUCAGGCCAAGUAGUCGAAGCCAAAGCUCUAGCCUGGGACGGCAGAAGAGAUUUGGCCCUGCUGAAAAUCAUAUCAGCCCAACAGUCUCCGCCAUCUUCAGGACCGUCAUCAUCACCACCCUCAGGGGGAUUCCCUUUCAUAACCCUCUCCUCCACACCACCAGUCUUGAAGGCCCGAGUUAUCUGCGUCGGCCACCCGGGCAGUGAGGAUUUCGAGGCCACUAUGCCGGGAACGAAGACGGACUACGAUGUCCUCCACCUUAGCACCGGCACGUUCAGGGGUUGUGCCGAGGGUCAGGACCCGCAGGAUAAUUCGGAUAUCGGGGCGCUGAUGCAUUCAUGCUGGACGUACUGGGGGCACAGCGGCGCACCGCUAGUCGAUAGGAAGACGGGGACGCUCAUUGGGAUUCACUCGUCAUGGGAUGAUGAGACGGGAAUGCGUAGGGGAAUUGCUUGGGAGGCCAUAUCUGAGUUUCUGGAGGAGAAUAAGCGUUAUUUGUGAUCUUGAGGAAAGGGGCCAGGUCCUCUGACUUAAUAGGUGUCUCUAGUUUCAUGAGCUCUGAUGUAAAUCUUUACACAGACAUAAGAUGUUGGCUGGAGGCUCUAGUCUCUUUGAGAAAUGUAGCAAGAGGGUAGAGGUGUGAAGGUCGUUCUUGCCUCUAUACUCUGUCUCGUAUCUGCCCCCAGUUUCUAAUUCUUACUCCCAUCUUUGGUUCCUUCUUCGUCCAAGGCGUUCUUCCUUUCAUCGAAGACAGUUCCUGCCCUCACAAUUGAAUACCCAAAAUUCUCAAACCCCCCUACCCCUCCAUCCAGACCUUGUUCUUUCAUUAUCGCCAAUACCGAUAGGCACACACACAGAUCAUCCAUCAUCUGCAUGCUCGGUAUCCGCUAGCUUCAGCAAGCCGAUAUCAUCCCCUCGGAUACUCUGCUCAAACGCUAACAAUCAAACCCAGCUUCUUCUGUGCUUGCUCAAAGCAUCAGUGUUGUUCUCAUCAAA